CUUUUUGAUGAUAUUCUAAUUAUAUGACCAGCACCUGUAUAUUUCUCUCUGAAUGAAGUUCCUCGGUGCGGAGCGUCUCGGUCACGUGACGUCAGCCGCAGUUUCUGUCGGCGCACUCGGAGAGGAACUAGAGCUCAUCCCUUUAAGAACAACUGGGACACCGCGGAGAGGAGAGGAGGGGGCAGAAGAAAGAGGAAUUAAAAAAGAAAAGGAAGAAAGAGACGGGGAAGGGAGGGUGGAGAGAGAGAGAGAGAGAGAGCGCGAUAAAAAAAGAAAGAUGACAUCCAGUGAAUCGAGGCGCCGAGGUGGAGCGGCGGGCUGAGGCCGGGCUCCCGCGUCACUCGCCGGGGUCACCGCUUAAAUCUACAGCGAGGCUUCGACAAACACCCGAGAGGCCUGUCGGGGAUCGAGAUAAAACACAGAUUUAUCCCCAGCGACCGUUAACUGUGUCUCUUUCAAGCGCAUCACGUCUAACAGUUAUUUUAACUUCUAAAAUGCCUUUUAUAAUGCAUGAUAUAAGAGUGUAGAAAUAACACGAUUGCUCUCAGCACUUUAACUCCUGCAGAUGAAUAAAUAACACGUUGUUGUGAUGUCUCGGGUUAAAGUUGGACAGGAGCAAAGUGAACACUUAAUAGUGUGUAUUAUUGCCUGCUAAUCUGAGCCGGUCAUUAAACAAGAGAAUAGUUUAUAAACACGUCUAAAGGAUGUCAGUAGUGCGUUAUUAAUCUUCAGGACUGUUGUUUAUUAUAAUAUUAAUCGCAGUGGAACAACAUGGACGCCGCUUGGAGCAGUUUUCUCUUCCAGACCACACCCUCCCAGACCCCAGUGCAGGGGAGCCUCCAAUCAGAGCUGCUGACCUCUCCUCAGACCCCGCCCCCCGAGCACAUAGCCCCGCCCCCGUCGACAGUGGACACUGCAGCUCUCAGUGAGGAUGCUGUACCUGCUGAAGGUGAAGUGAAGCCGGUGUGCAGACCGGCCCGAGCCUCCCACGUCUGCUCCAUCUGCAGCAAGCAGUUCAAGAACAGCUACAACCUGCGGCGGCAUCAGUCCGUCCACACCGGGGUCCGCCUGAAGGGGGCGCCGCGGAGCCACGAGGCCAAAGAGAGCGCGCCGCUCUCUCUGCUGCACCUCUCCAUCCCCCAGACGCUGCCCGCUGCCAUGGAGACCGUCACCGCCCUCCCGCCUCCGGCAGCUGUGGUCGUCAUGGCAACAGGGGAGCCGCUCCAGGUAAGCACUCAGAGGCCAGUAAACCAGAACCCUGUGCGCAAGAACCACGCCUGCGAGACCUGCGGCAAAGCCUUCAGGGACGUGUAUCAUCUGAACCGCCACCGGCUCUCGCACUCGGACGAGAAGCCCUUCUGCUGCCCCGUCUGCCAGCAGCGCUUCAAGCGCAAGGACCGUAUGAGCCAUCACGUGCGCUCGCACCAGGGAGGAGUGGAGAAGCCCUACGUCUGCCCUCACUGCGCUAAAGCCUUCUCACGGCCGGAUCAUCUCAACAGUCACGUCCGACAGGUGCAUUCUUCAGAACGACCCUUCAAAUGUCCGACGUGUGAGUCGAGCUUCGCCACGCGGGACCGUCUGCGCGCUCACAUGAUCAGACACGAAGAGAAGGUUCCGUGCCACAUCUGCGGCAAACUGCUGUCUGCGGCCUACAUCACGGAUCACAUGAGGGUGCACAACCAAUCACAGCAUCACUGCUGCCACCUCUGCCACCGCAGUUUCACCACACUGACGUACCUGCGGGUUCACGCACAGAAGCACCACGGGCAGCAGUGGAAGGAGAGCGGCUCGGGCCCCGGGGCCGUGCUCGUCUGCCAGCUGUGCGGCGUUCACUGCAAGACCCCCACGCAGCUGCAGGGCCACAUGGGGACCCACAACCCCCCCGUGAGCGAGCCGGGCCCCGGCGGCCCCAGCAGCAGCGAGAGCAGCACCGUCACGCUCUGCAGCAUGGUGUCGGCCCCCGCGGUGUUCGUGAGCGGGAACACGGCGGAGGAUCUGCUGGUGACCGACUGCUCCAGCAUCAUCCCACAGCCGCAGAGCUAGCAGAGCAGGCCUGUAGCGCACGCUAGCGACUACUCACACGCGACACAGACAGCCAGUAUACACCCUAGCACACUGUCAUACACCCUAGCACACUGUUAUACACCCUAGCACACACCCUAGCACACUGUUAUACACCCUAGCACACUGUUAUACACCCUAGCACACUGUUAUACACCUAUCACUCUACUAUACACCCUAGCACACUACUUUACACUCUAGCACACUGUUAUACACCCUAGCACACUGUUAUACACCCUAGCACACUUUCAUACAGCCUA